AUGUCAAUCAGUUUAAGUCAACUGGUCUUCGUUGCUGACAACCUGGCCUUUUUCCCUUAUCAAUGUCAAGAGGAACCUCUCUUCGUUGUACAUCAUAUCGAUUUAAUGGUUAGUAUGGCCGGCUCCAAUGUUUUGCAGAAUGUCCGUGAGGCUCUUUUUCCUGAACUGAAGGCAGCCCUUGAAGCUGCACUUGUCGCUCAGGGCCUCGCUGAAGCAAAGGCACGUGCUCAAGCUGAGGCAGAUUGUCGAGCUGAAUUAGCCACUCGCCAAGCUCGCCACGACGAAGCAGUUAUGCGAGGAGAUGUUACUGUGGCAGAGGUCGAAGCAGCUGGCGUUCAGGCUGCUGCCGAUCGUCUUGAAUCAAUUAAAAUGUUGAAUGCAGCGGCUUCAGUAUCCAACACCGGAGCCGGAGGGACUGUGACUACCGGAAGUAGCUCCGGCAUGAGUACACUUCGAUCUACUGCUUUGGUUUGUAAAGAAUGUAAGCUUAAACUAUAUGAAAUACUUACUCGCAAAGCAUACGGUAAUCUAAGGUGUGAUGAACAAUGA